GCGCUUUGAUUUCAGCUCAGCCAAUGGGAGGCGAGGAAGUUCUCACUGUGUCAGUGGGGCGAUCCCUCAGUAGGAAGCGUCUUCGAACAAUAUAACAAAGUUUGUAAGACAAUGGCUGACAAGGCAGUGGAUGGAGGGCCGUGGACGGGAUGUGCGGUCAUGUUCCUGCAGUCGCUCUGUCCUGGCGUGGACCUGCUUUCUCUCUACAAAAACCAACAAGGAAAAUUCAUUGUUUUCAAAGUCAUCAAACUGACACUUAUAGAUUCUGUAGGAGGUCUGGGGGGUUAUGAGAUCCUAAAGGUGCACGACGCUGAUCCCUUCCUGGGGGUGGAGGUGAAAUUUGUGGAUGUGGCAGCAUGUCAGCAGUUCCUGGAGAGCUACUACUCUGGAGCGGUGCGUCAGUCUCUCUCCCAGCACGCCUCCCGUCUCCUUGCUCUGCCCCAAGAGUUCACCGUAGAAACUAAGCUCAAAGCCGGCACACACAACCUGGAUCUCUAUCUGGAUAAGCUGGAGCUUUGCCUGCAGCACAUCCACCUUUCACAGCCCGAGCGCCUGCGCGAUGAGGAGAUAGAUCACCUGGAGCAGCAGCUGCAGACUCAGGCCCUCGGCCCUGCCCCGCCGUCCUGCACCAUCACACAGGAAGAGUCUCCUGUUCCCAGCAACUGCUUUAAGUUUCAGAACAGAGUGUAUGAGGACCGGAUGCUGACAGCGGCAGAUGUUCAGAGCUUUUCUAAUGGAGUGGGUCGUCAGUGGAGGCACGUUGGGAGGGCCCUUGGGAAGAGCUGUCGUGCUCUGAAGGGUCCCGCCAUAGACAACCUGGCCUACGAGUAUGAGAGAGAAGGGCUGUAUGAGCAAGCCUAUCAGCUGCUCAGCCGCUUCAUCCAGGCGGAAGGGAGGGCGGCCAAGCUGAGCCGACUGGUCAAAGCACUGGAGGACUGCAAACUCACCAGCCUGGCUGAAAAUAUUCUGGACGUGCAGCCACAAGAGUAACUCUGUGUACGGGUCGUGAAAACUGAAGGGGGCAGUUCCUCUCUGCAUGAAGAGUGGUGACUUUGUCCUGUCUGCUUUUAUACACAGUGUGUUUCUCCUUGAUUGUCAUCCUCACAUUUAAAAUCAUUCCCAAGUGUGUGUGUGUGUGUGUGCGGGUGUGCAUGUGCGUGUGAGGUUGUAUGUGCAUGUUUCCGAUAGUUUGUGUGAACAUAUGUUAACAUCUGUGAGAAUCGACUCAUAUAUUAAAUUAAUCGGUUAUUGGUGAUUAGUAUUGAUAAUUGGUUUUCAUUAGGUGAAAUAAACUGUCAUCACUGUUAAAAGUAUGCUGUAAUAAGUUAUGUGCACUGUUUAAACUGUUGUCAUCUUAUACCUCUUGAAUGUCUUCUUUAUUUCAAUUUGCAGAUGGAACCUGUCAGGUCUCGUUUCUAAUGAGUGUUCAGUUAUUGAUUUUUUUUUUUUCUACAAAAUGAGUGCAUACAAAUUAAAUGACUGUACAAACAAAAUAGGCUUCAUGUUUGUGCUUGAUGCAUUAGUAUAAUUAAAACUGAAAACAUCACUUUGUCAAAAUUCCCUCAGGUAUAAUUUGGUGUUAAUCCUCCCUCCCUCUCCACUGAAUACACGUGCACAUGCUCAUAUGAUUGAAUGCUGAUUACCGAUGUUGCCGGUGAAUGUGUGUGUAUGUGUGUGUGGCUGCUUGAGUCACGUUGUGGGAGCUUCAGGGCAAGAGGCAGCGAGCCUAGAUGAGGUGUGUGUGGAGGUUUUAUCUUGACUGUCAAAGAGGAGAUCCACUGAAUGCUGAGCCCAUUCAGAGUCCACUGUGAAAGCCCAACCCUCCCCUUUUUACUCCACUUGACCAUCCAUCCAGAUGUGAUGUGUGGAUUAGAAGCUUUUAUCACUCACAAAACACUUAUUUCUGCUUUAUGGUAUGGCCACAACCCCCACAUAGACAUGCACAGUUUUAAUAAACACACAUCUCUUUACGUGUGACCAGAGCUGUAACUAAUGCCAUUAAAAGUGAGGUUAUUGCUGCAUGUUUCUAACAUAAAGAGUAUUUUAUGUGCACAAUAUUGCAAUCCUAAGAAAUAAAAUUACAUACAUGUUU